AUUUACUGAGCUUCGUGCGGUGUAGAUGUUUUUCUGUUUAAGAAGCUACCGCUGCCUAGAAAUGUUGACGUGGAUUUUCGUUUUUUUGGUGUCGUUGCCAUGGAUAUCUGGUGGCACACUUAUGAAUAUGAAUAUGAGCUGCGGGUGGUACCCAUCGCUGGACUACGAGCGUGUGGCGAUGGAGUGUUCUGGGCCGUUGGUGACGAAAGUACCGACGAUGCUGUCUAGCGAUCUGAAAUUGUUGCGUCUUACUGCGACCAGCAUCACGUCGCUGGACAGCACCAGCUUCGAGGGGCGUAGCUUGGCCGAGCUCACGACCCUGUCUGUGAGCGGCGGUGCGCUGGCCGGAGUCGCGGCUGACGCCUUCUGCCCGUUGCCCGCCCUGACGAAGCUCGACUUGUCUCAUAACCAAUUGGAUCGUUUAGAUGCAUUGAGCUUCAAGUGCAACAAGCAUUUGAGAACUGUAAACCUCUCUGACAAUCCCAGUCUGCAUCACUUGCCUCUAUUGGUCAGUUCAUCAAUAGAGACCAUGUAUAUAGAGAAUUGCAGCCUGGAGAGCGUUGAUGUUGCAGUAGUGAAGAGAAUGACAGCGCUGAAGACCCUGUCAUUGAGUGGCAAUCGUAAUCUACACUGCCUGUCUGAGAAAGAACGGCUGGAGGAGGCGCUGCCUGAUCUCUCCGUCAUCUGCGAAGAUUCUGUAGAGUAUCGUCCCUCUCCGCCCACCACUGGAGGUCGAGAAUCCCCUCCACUAACUCGAAAUUAUGUUGGAAACUAUGCAUCUCAGCUUCAACAGUCAGCAUGGACUAUUACCGUUGUAGCUGUUUUUGUCUUCACAAUCAUUGGGUUCCCAGUCUAAAGACUGUCCGAAGUUAUCAGGCUAAGGACUGGUGCUACUAGAUGUGGCAUAGUCUUUUCCUGAGUUUUCAACUACGUAAUUUUAACUCCUAUAUCAGAUAUUGAUUCAUAAUAGUAAGCCUAUUCAUACUUAAUGUUGGCUUUAAAACUGCAUCAAAUACUCAUUAACAUUCAAGUGAUAAUGGAUAUCCAAUGUCAAUACUGAAAUGUUGUUGAAUCUAGAUGAUUUCAAUGUUAAGUAGCACUGUUAGUGACUCACUACAGAAUUUUAUUCUGGCACAUGUACUAUAUAUUGGUUCCUGUAUGUUUCACACUUUGCAGCCAAUAUUUAGUUUUAAAACUGUGUCAGAAAUUAAUUUGUACUCGAAUGAGGCUAAAAUAUAAGCAUCGAAUUUAUUAAAUCUUUUAGCUAUCGGUUGGUGGCAAAAAGACAUUGAUACUCAGGUAUGAGAUUCUAAACUCUGUUAAAUUUAGUUUAUUUCUCAUACGACUGCAGAUGGUUGAUGCUAUUUCUAGCAUUCGAUUACAUUUUAGUUACGUUUUGAGUAACAGUGUAUAGUCGAUUUUUAAAUUGAAACAUUGCAUUUGAUGUGCAUUGAUAAUACACAUCUUGAUUAACUUCUCAUGAUCGAGAUUCACAAUCAUAGAGAAUUUUUUGAAGAACAUCCCAUCCGCCGUUGACUGUAGAAAUUAUUUAUCUCACGAUUGCAAUUUCGGCUUUUGAGCCAUUUUCAAGUGGUAUUGAACUCAGUCUGCCUGAGUUGUGAAUAUAUUUUUGCUGCAAUGGCCUUAGUUCACACGUAAACUGUGUGUCAGAACAUCAAUUUGUAGCGAUUUAUGUGAAAAAUGUUAACACUGGUAACAGUUCACGCAAUUUACAUAAUUUAAAGCUACAGAGCUUUGCACUUUGCACUCGUUUCAUGUUGCUGUACUUCUACAGCGAAGAUGCUUAUUUUUGACGAUGACAUACGGUAUGUGUGUCUCAGAGGAUUCUGAAGUCUUGAAUAUGCUAAAACAAAAUCUUUAGCAAUACCACUUGAAAAUGGCCCAAAGGCCGAAAUUGCAAUCGUGAAAUAAUUUCUACAGUCAAUGGCGACCAUGCCGCCUUUUAAAAAAUAUUAACAUCUGGUUAGUAUUCAUAAGAGGAUAUAUAACCAACAAUUGUUUUAAUAUUAUAUUGGAGAUUGGUUGCGGUAAGCAGCCAAUUCUUUACAUCUGGUUAGUAUUCAUAAGAGGAUACAUAACCAAGGAUUGUUUUAAUAUUCUGUUGGAGAUUAGUUGCGGUAAGCAGACAAUUCUUUACAUCUGGUUAGUAUUCAUAAGAGGAUACAUAACCAACGAUUGUUUUAAUAUUCUAUUGGAGAUUAGUUGCUGUAAGCAGACAAUUCUUUACCAAAAAAUGUAUUGAUUGCAGUUAGUAUGUAAUUGAAGGCAUAAAGCUGACUUACAGUUUUACUGGCUUCUACAGCAAUUAUUCAUAAUUAGAAGCCUAAAUUGUAAACAAAUAGUUACAAUUCUGUUAUACAUUGCUUAGCACACAGGUGUCUGCGCAAGGUAUUAUAUUAAUAAGUCUGGGAACAACACUUGGUUAUUAUUGAUUAGGAGAUAUAUAUUCAGUACCAGAGUCAUGAUUGUACUAUAAAUUGUUUGGUUUUAUAAUUAUUAUAAAUAGCCAUAAAAUGUACUGAACGUCAGGUUGCAUUGAAAUAAAGAUAUUCAGACUAAGAAGCAAUUAGACAUUGGUUACCAUAUAGACAAGGUUAUAUUGUGAAUGUUUGAUAUUUUACUAAUUUUAUGAAAAAUGCUUAAAUGUACAAUAUGUAGCAAGUUUUGACAAUAAUAAUUAUACUUUAUGUUAUUAAGUAUCUCAUAAGCAUGUAUUGCUAAUCCAUCAAAUAUAAGCUCACACCAACACAAGAAAGUACAACUGAUGUAGAAUUCUGUCCGCAGCUCGCGGUCGUGCGGUAGCGUUCUCGCUUCCCACGCCCGGGUUCCCGGGUUCGAUUCCCGGCGGGGUCAGGGAUUUCCUCUGCCUCGUGAUGACUGGGUGUUGUGUGCUGUCCUUAGGUUAGUUAGGUUUAAGUAGUUCUAAGUUCUAGGGGACUGAUGACCAUAGAUGUUAAGUCCCAUAGUGCUCAGAGCCAUUUGAACGAUUUGAUGUACAAUUCUGAAUGCUUUUACAUGUUUGACAUCAUUUGAAUGUGGAGUACAUCCGAGGUUUAUCAUAAAAUUCUGUUUGAGAUUAAUAAAGUCUUCUUGUGUUUACAGAA